AUGGAUUCAUUCUCAUUCGAGCCAUUCCUGCACAACAGUGAAGCUCCUGAGGCUGGCGGGGAGCUGACAAUGCCGGGCCUUGACCAGGACGCCUCCACCAUUUCGAGCACAGACUCGCCCAUGACCCAAACUGGGUCCACCGCACCAAUUCAGCCUGGCUUGAAUCCCGCCGCUCCCUGCUUUGACUUUAGUACACCCGCUGUCAAUGGGCCCUUGUUCUCUCCCGAUUUUCUACUCCCGGACCAGUUGUCCUUCCAAGUCAUGCAAACAAGCAAUGAGGAUCUCAAAUUGAUACUCCAGGGCAUGGCAUUACGCUUGGAUGUCUUGGAGCAAGCAAUCUCGCAGGGGAAUGACCGAAUGGGCCAGGUGGCCAACGGGCUCAGUGAUCUAAGGGCCAGCCUGAAGGAGCUCUUCAAGUCAUUCGUGUCUCAUCUGUUGGGCGGCGACGACGUUGUGGGUCCAUCACAUGAGGCCUAG